AUCAAAAGCGGAUGUCAACAUAAAAGCACGUCUAAUAUGCAUAUGGUUUUAGACUCUAAACUUCAUAAGCCAUUUUGUGCAUUGUUGAAGCAGCUGUGCAAAAAUAUUACUUAUCAUUUCGGAACGAAAUGUCAAAACUUGGCUGAUUGCUGAUAUCAAAUAUAUGCAUUUUUGAUGUGAACGUGUGAUCAUCGUACAACGUCACGAUCCUAAAUUAUUAUUGUAUACGCAAUCAAGAGUCAUCUACAGAUUUUGUGAAACAAAGAACUUUUCAAUAUCUUUUAUUAACCUUGGCCUGGUCGUCAUAACAAUUAUGAUUGAGAAAGAAUGCGUGCAAUAUGUGUAAAGUAAAAGUCACUGUAUAAAACUAUAUAAUCAAAAUAAACUGAAGGCAAAAUUUCACCAAUGGUUCUGGUAUACCUUACAUUUAUACGCUAAAUUAAAUAACGAUGUAAGAGGUAUAGUGAGAUGCAUCUGCCUUCCGUUGGUCCAUUAAAUUGAAAACAGUGUUGAUCCUGUGUAUUAUUGUGUACACAUUAUUUUGAAAGUUUAAACUUGCCACAAUGGGUAACGGGCAACAAAAUUAUAGUCAAACAUGUGUUAGUACAUGGAUGGAAAAAAUGAGUAAAGGAAUACUAUCAGGUAUUCAUUUUAAAGAACAUUGGAGAAUUUGGGUUCCAAAAAUAUAUAGCCCAAUACGAAACAGCAAUUGUUUAGACUGGUACAUCGAUGAAGAAAAUGCACAAAAAAUGUUGUUUUAUACACUAGAAGAAUUCAUCUGUAAUGGAGAUCCACAACUUAUUUUAAAACAACUAAGUCAAAUGGAUAGUAAUAUUUGUGGCAAAGUAUUUAAGAUGGGAGAGCCUACAUACAGUUGCAGAGAAUGUUGUAUGGACUUCACUUGUGUUUUGUGUGUGGAUUGUUUUAAACAAUCAGCUCAUCGCAAUCAUAAAUAUAAAAUGGGCACAUCUGGUGGUGGAGGAUGUUGUGAUUGUGGAGAUGUUGAAGCUUGGAAAAGAGAUCCAUUUUGUAACAUACAUUUAGCCGGAACUCAGGCUAAAGAAUCUGGUGGAAACAAGCUACCUGGUGAUGUUGCAGAAAGAGCAGUGAUAACUUUUGAAGCAGUUCUGAGGUAUUGCUAUGAAAUGUUAUCUUUAGAACACACGAGCGUACCUCAUGAUUUGGGAAUCAAAGAAAAUGAAGAUGAUUCUUUGUCACUUUUGUCUACUUCAGACUCUUAUUGUACAGUCCUAUUUAAUAAUGAGACACAUACAUUUGAUCAGGUAAUUAAUACACUUACACGUGUUAUGAAAUGCUUGCAAAGAGAAGCAGUAGAAUUUGUAACAAAUAUCGAUAGAGAAGGUAGAGCUGUUGUGAAGUGUUCUAGGUUUAAAAUUUGUGAGGAUUUGAAACACGGCAUUGAAAGAUUUACUGUAAGACAUAGCAGCCGGGCACUAAAAGUUCUUGUGGUUCAUGCUCAUGUAAUUGCUCAUCAAACAUUUGCUAUGAAACUCUUAAAUUGGCUACAACAAUUUAUAAGUCUCUGCGAAGAUUUCAGAGUGCUCUUCAGUAAUGUUGCACUAAAUACAAAAUUACCUGAUAUUUCCGUUGUAGAAGGUAUGCUCAUGAGAGAUUCACAGCUGUGGAAAUCUGCUAGAACAGCAUGGCAUAGAUUAUUUAUGUCUGGUAUGCUUAUGGAAUAUGAAAGCAAGAAAGCUCUAGCAAUUGUUUUCACUAAUAAUUAUGGAACAGUUAUGAAGGAUUUCAUAAGGGAUGAUCAUGAUCAUUCGUUUUCUAUUGUUUCACUUUCUGUGCAAUUGUUUACUGUUCCAACACUGGCACAUUACCUCAUUGCACAUCAUGAUGUAUUAUUUAUCUUGUUGAAUACAUUUAUUUCUGAAAGUUCACGAAGAUGCAAUGCUGCAGGAAAGUUAGAAUUUGAAAGAGAUCCUCCACAUUCUUCUUUUAGAAGAGCACAACAAAUACUUCAUGAUUUACGGUACUUGCUAAGUACCAAACCUGAUGUUUGGACAGAUGAUCUAAGAAAAGGAUUUUUACAAGGUCUUUCACUUUUAUUGACUUUGUUUUGCAGUAUGCAAUGUAUGGACGCUGUGCUGAGACAAGUUGGCCAGCAUGUGGAAUAUGAACCUGAAUGGGAAUCUGCUUUUAAUUUACAUGUUAGACUAUCUCCUGUUAUGACACUUGCUCUACAAUGGUGCGGAUCGGAUCGAGUUGUUUUAAUAAAAGCUUUUAGAUUAGUUUUAAAAAAAUUAUAUGAACAGACGGGGUCUGAAUUUGGUCCAACACAAGUAAGAGAAUUGGCAGAUCAUAGUGCAACAUGUCUUCAAUAUGACGUAUCAUCUGAACCAGUGUCUAUACACCUUCCACUCUCCAGAUUUUUAGCUGGUCUUUUUUUGUAUCUUGAAAAACAUAAUUUACAUUUUCAAUGUGAAGAAUUUAUUAAUCAAACAAAACCAACACCAGAGCAAAUCAUAGAACCUGUGCUAGCUGCUCAAGUAAUGAUUUCACAGGCGCAUGCCGGUAUGUGGAGGAGAAAUGGAUAUUCUUUGGUGAAUCAAUUGUAUUUUUACCAUAAUGUAAAAUGUCGUUCAGAAAUGUUAGACACAGAUAUUAUUUUACUUCAAGCUGGGGCAUCUCUGAUAGAAAGUAAUGAAUUUUUGAUUCACGUUUUAAAUAAAUACAAUCUUUUACAUUGGGCAAAUUCAGAUUUUGAAACUAAUGCUUUGAAAAAUCCUGGAGAAGAUAGUAUUAGACAAACUAUUAAUUUAGUUGAAGAGUUUCUAGAACUUUUGAUAACAAUAAUUGGAGAAAGAUACGUACCCGGAGUUGGGCAAGUUACUGCUGAUGAUCGUUUGAAGAAAGAUAUAAUUCAACAACUCUGCAUUAAACCUCUUUCUCAUUCAGAACUUAGUAAAGCGUUACCAGAUGAUCCAAACAUAGAAAUGGGAAUGGAAAAAAUAAUCCUCGAAGUUGCAGAUUUUAAGAAACCUUCUCAAGCAUCAGGUGGAAAAGCAGUGUAUCAAUUGAAACCAGAAUUCUAUUCAGAGUAUAAUGUUUUCUUCUAUCAUUACACUAAAGAGGAAUUAAGUAAAUCUGAAGAAGUACAGCGAAAACGACGGAAAGCCUUGGGAGAAUUAGAAUGUUGUCCACCUCCUAAACUUCCUAGACUGUCAGAAGUGUUUAGUUUAGUAACAAAUUUACUGCAGUGCGAUGUUAUGUUACAUAUUAUGAAAACUGUAUUGGAAAGAGCACUUAAUUUUAUGGCUCGCAGUUUCUCAGAGCCACAAGUACAUAAAGUUUUACACCUUAUUGGAUAUGCUCUUCAAGAACAAGAAUCUGGGUAUUAUCCUUUUCUUAUAUUUACCGCAAGGGCUGCAAAAUGGAACAUUUUUAAAUUAUUGGAAGAUUUAUAUAACAGUCCACGCAUAGAGGCGCAUAAAGACUUACUAACGUGGGUUUUACGAAAAUAUAGAGAAGUUACUGGUAAUACUAUAGAGGAUAAUAAUGUACCAGCCGUAGUUCAGACAGAACCCAUGAAUGACAGUGAAGGUAAUAAAAAUGAUAAACAAUGGAGAACACAAAUGGCAGCCCAGAAACGUGCAAAAAUAAUGGCACAAAUGGCUGCUAUGCAGAAACAUUUUAUGAAAAAGAAUGCUGAGCUGUUUGAAGAAGCUGGUUUAGAUGCUAAUAAGUCCAAUGAUCGGGGUUCUGCUAUAGACUUGAAUGAAUGUUUCCAAAAAACACCUGUUGCCAUUGGUAUUGGACAAACGGCGAGAAUGUGUGAAGAGAAAACUUAUACUUGCAUCUUAUGUCAGGAAAAUCAAACUGUAACAGCAGCUGGUCCAGCAAUGGUAUUAGCUGCGUGUGUUCAACAGUCUACAGUAUUAUGUCAAUAUAGAGGGGAUUCACCUAAUGAACCAGACCCAUUGUAUCUUUCUGCAAAGUUAGGCGCAUCACCGCAUACUAGUACAUGUGGUCACGUGAUGCAUGUAAAUUGUUGGCAAAAUUACUUUAAUAACGUCCUUAUUAAAGAGAAUAGGAGACCGUUCCGCUUACGGCAACCUGCAAGUUUUGACGUGGAAAAAAAUGAGUAUCUUUGUCCACUUUGCGAGUGUCUUAGUAAUACUAUCUUACCUCUCUUACCACCUUUAGGGAUAUUACAACCGACACCUCAAAAUCAGCCCCAACUUGAUUUUAGUACAUGGUUAGAAGGUUUAAGGCUAACAGAAUCUGAAUUAAGAUAUUCUAAUCGUCGAUUCUAUACAAAUGCUGAAUCCCAAGAUGCUCAAGCUAUGGAAGAAAAUAAUCCCUGGAAGCAAGAACCACAUGGCUGCCCUCCAAUUGUUUUUCCUCAAACACAUACAAAUCCAGUAGAAGCUUUAGAAUCAAUGUAUGGCCAUCCUGGCCCAACAAUCUCUGAUGAUUUGGUAUCAAUGAUACAACAUUUUGCACAAGCAACAUAUACAAUAGGUUGUGAAACAGAAUCACGUGAAAAUGACCUUACAGUUCCAUUGUCAGUAUGGAAAUCAACAGCAUACACUAUUCAUGCCAUAGAAUUUCUUCUACGCGAUAUGGAUAAACCAUUAUUAGGUGCUUUAUCAUCUAGACAGAGGGAUAGUUUAGAAGGUCUUGCUAGAAUUUCAGCUAUUUUGGGAUCUACAUGUACGGCUAAUCUCGGUACAAAUUUGACAUGGGCAAAUAAAGAUAAUAUUGGAAAUCAUGCCCUUUCCUACAUAACAAUGUUAUUAAAGAAUCCACCUGAUUCAGCAAGUAUCUUAGAUUGCGAUUCAUUUGGAUUACUUGUUUCUUUAAUUAAUUCUCUCCCAAAUCUCUUCAAUACAAAGGAAGAUACACCACCACUUGUCGUUACAGGUGGAAUAUGUGACUUUUACGCUUUACAACUUGUGUUUCUGUCUCUUAUCGUGAGAAUAUUAUUAACGUCAGAUUUUAAUGAAGGAAUGGAUACGGAAGGGCAAGAAACGACUGAAAAUACAUCUGCAGAAUCCAUCCUCACAUUGGUUCAAGCUUUAAGCGUUAAUAUUGACACGCAAACAGUUUCUGAAAUUUGGAGGCGGAUUAAGGAAGCUUGUAUGCCUUUCCUUAGAUGUUGUGCUCUAUACUUUCAUUAUGUAACCGAUGUUCCAGCUCCAGAAGAAUUAACUAAAGUAGAAGGAGCUACAUAUGAAAAUAUUUGUGCAUAUUUGGGUUUACCCACAACAUGUGAUGAAUUAGUGAAGCCAAAUUUAGAUGUAAUUCUGAGAUUGAUAAGUGUUUGGAAAAAUCAUCCCAUUGUUCAGAUGCAUUUGGCUGGUGCUAGUGCAGUCAUAGUAUUUAAAGAACCUUUGAAAGUUAAUAAAUUGGUCGAGCUUCCAGAAGAUUAUAGUGAACUGAUAAAUAUGACAUCAUCAUUCACAUGUUCCAAUAAUGAACAAGAGCACUUGAAAAAUCCAACAAUGUGCCUGGUCUGUGGAGAAAUGUUAUGUUCUCAAAGUUACUGUUGUCAGCAUCAACUGAACAAAAUGACGGUUGGAGCGUGUACAUAUCACGCUAGCACAUGUAGUGCAGGAGUUGGAAUAUUUUUGCAUAUACGAAAAUGUGAAAUCAUCUUCUUGAGAAGUCCAAAUCGAGGAUCGUUUGCUUGUCCACCUUAUCUUGACGAAUACGGGGAAACGGAUCAAGGUUUACGAAGAGGAAAUCCACUUCGACUGUGUCAUGAAAAAUACAGGCAGUUGAAUCAAAUGUGGUUGGGACAUGGAAUAUAUGAAUCUAUGUCAAGGGCUAUUGAAUCUUCAAAUACUCUUAUGUUGAUACGAUGGCACCGUCUAUAACCAUCUUAGGAUUUCCUAUGCAAUCUAGCCUGGACAUUUAGUUAAAAAUACUAAAUCUAUACUUAGCAUAAGCUACUAUAGCAGCUAACAUUAUGACUGUUAAUUAAACUGUUUGAUCAUCAUAAAGAUCUGAUAAAAUUAUUUAUUUUGAGAAUACAGUGCGGAUGGCUUUGUAUAUUUAAAACGAUUGGAUGUUAUUCCCGUUGUGAUGUCGUUUUAGAUUAUUUCAGAGUUUACGGAAUUUUCUAUUAUCAUUGUGUAAAUUAAAUAUAAAUUUCUUUAUAAUUAUUAACAAAAUGUUGUACGAACUUUGUUGCUUGUAGAAAUUAGUUUUUAAUGUCAUUCAACUCAUUGUCACAUUGUUUAAAGAAUUUUAGGAUUGUAUGAUUAACUCAAGUUAUAUAAAUGAAAGACUUUUAUGUCUCAUUUUAAAAUAAUAUUACUUAAUAUUAAUUUUCUUACUAUUUUACACAAGUAGUAUAGGUGACAUUAAAAAAGUUUCAACAUAUAAACUGAAUACGUAACAUUGAUACUUGGAUAUAUUAAUAGUAAUUGAAAAAUUUUGGUUUUAGAAAUCUGUAAACAGUAAGAUAUAU